AAUUACAUGGACAACGCAUUGAACUUGGCGAGAUCGAACGAUGUCUGCUUAAUAUUACAUCUAUUUCAGCGUGUGUUGUGAUGAAAUGGGGCGAAGAUCACUUAGUUGCAUAUGUUCAAAGCGAUUAUAAUGACACUGCAUAUUUUCGUGAUUGCUGUCGUUCUCAGUUACCAUUAUUCAUGGUACCAUCGAUGUUUAUUCCGUUGAAACAGUUUCCGCAGAAUGCAAAUGGUAAACUAGAUCGAAAACAGCUUCCGUCGCCAAAUUCAGCCCUAACCAUCGAAUCAGCAUCAUCAACGCAAUCUAACAGUCCACAAAAUGCACUAGAACAACAUAUUCAUGAUAUUUGGUGUGAAAUUUUUCGAUAUAACGGAAAACAAAUAUCAACUAGAGCAAAUUUUUUCUCUGUUGGCGGCCAUUCACUUUUGUUCAUUGAACUCUAUCAUCGUUACCAAUCAAAAUUUCUGUUCAAUAAUGAAAUGAUUCCAAUUAGCUCAUUUCUUGUAGAAACAACUAUUGCUGAUCAUGCGAAAUUAAUACAGGCAAUUGAUAAUAAUGAGUGCAAAGAGGAAACUUGGUAUCCAUUGCAUUUAAUAGAAGGAAUCGCGUCUUUUGCGCAAGAACGUAUUUACCUUGAUCAACAGAUACGAUUUAUGGAUAAUGUAUCCGUAUAUAACGAACUUGUCGUGUUAAAACUAAUAGAUGGUACAUUGUCAAGGGAUCGUUUAGAACGAGCUAUUCGGUCGGUAUUAGAGAAACAUCGAAUACUUCGCACUUCUCUUAUUCUAGAUACUAAUCUCGGCAGAUUAGUACAGUGCGUUACACAGAAUCAUUUAGCAUUUACAGUGAAUAUUGGAAACACAUAUACGAACGAAGCUGAACUUGGUUUGAUGAUUAGUCAAACAAAAAGUAAUGUAAAUAUAUUCGAUUUGUCAAACGGAUGUGCUUUCUAUUGUGAAAUUAUUCGUAAAAAUCCACCUGGUGAACGUAUCGAUAGAGAAGAUCUCAUUGGUGUUCAGGAUGUAAUCGUGUUCGCUGUGCAUCAUGCAGCAUACGACCGAGCUUCACGUCAAAUUUUUUUCGCUGAUUUAAUAACGGCGUAUGAAUCCGAUGAGCCUCUUCUUAAACGAGAAGAUAUAUUUCAAUAUAUUGACUUCUCUACUUAUGAGCGUGAAAUGGAUAUGACCUCAGCAAGUCAAUUUUGGCGCUCAUAUCUCGAUGGCUAUCAAAUAAAAUGUCAACUACCGUUUUUGAUUGAUCGACAACAGUUUACUAAUAACCAACGAUCAGGCUUGAGUAUUAAUAAUAAAUUUUCAUUUGAUAACAAGUCAUCAGAUUCGUUUCUUUCUUACGCAUCUUCUCACGACGUUACACCAUUUCAACUUGGUUUAACUAUAUUCUAUGCAUUUCUGCUUAAAUUAACCAAUAACAAUACUGAUCUAUGUGUCGGCUGUAUAAGUGCCAAUCGGUACAGAACAGAACUACAAAACUUGAUUGGUAUGUUUGUUGCUACGCUUCCGUAUCGUGUGACAAUAAAUCCGUAUGAUUCAUUUGGAAAACUUGUUGAACAAGUUCGAGAAAAAUGCUUUGCAAUUAUUCAACAUUCACAUUAUCCGCUUCAACGUAUUCUGGCUGAUAUAAAUUUCAAUCAGUCGAAUCUCUCGUUAUUUCAAACAGUAUUCGACUUUAUCACUGAAUCGCAUUAUACCAAUGAUUUAUCAAUAAGGAACGUUAAAUUAGAACCAGGGUCAUCAGAGUUGUAUGAAAUUUUUCCAUUUGAUUUCGGAAUGACGUUCCAGUAUAAUGCCCUCCUAGUUGAUAAUCAAUUGUCCGGUUUUAUAACAUGUUCAAGAGAUUUAUUUGACGAAGCAACAGUUAAAGUUAUAACGCGAAGAUUUCAACACUUUUGUCAACAACUGUUUUCGUCAGAAUUCACCCCUGAUUCAAUUAAUAUGGAUCUCAGGCCUAUAUUCAAAUUUGAUCCUUCCUCACCGGACGAAGAUGAAGAACCACAACUAAUCAAUUUUUGCCAGCAAAAAGGCAUAAAAAAUGAAGAUACCGUUGAAACGAGUAUGCACACUUUUCUCCACUUUGGCAAACCUCUCGUGCGGUGGCUCAUAUCACCAGCAUCAUUUGCACAAACUCGUGUUUGGCUCGCUGAAAACAAAUCAGAAGAAGCACAAAUUCCAAUUUUUAACAUGCCAUUCAUUUAUCGUCCCAUUUACAAUCAAACACUAUCAAUUAGACAACUACGUCGUGCACUUUCUUUUCUUGUUCUCAAACAUCAAUCGCUUCGUACAUCCUUCAUUUUUGAUUCCCAUCAAAAUCUCCUGAUGCAGCAAAUUACAACUGAGGAAAAUCUUCAUGAAAAUGCCUUUUCCAUUAUCGAAAGCACUUAUGAAACAGAAAAUCAGCUCAAUCAUAUUCUCAAGAAUGAAAAAUAUAAUCGUGACCUGUUCAAUCCUAACCAAGGUGUUGUCUUCCGAUGUCAUAUUAUUUAUCAUAAACGAAGAUCUUUGGAUGAUAUUCUUUCUCAUCAAGAUCUCCUUAUCUUCAAUUUUCAUCAUGUUAUAUUUGAUUUUCCAUCUAUGAAAAUCUUUCUUCGUGAUUUAAAUCAACUAUACACGAAUGUGCAACUAUUCAACGAUGAACAGCACGCGACCUCUCUUCGUUAUCUUGAUUAUGCGAUGAUCGAACACGAAAUGGCAAUGAUUGGUGCAAAGAUGUUUUGGUUUGAUGCACUCCAUAAUUGUGAUCUUGAUCAACGUUUGCCAUUACCAUAUGAUCGACAUCGUCUUACAAAUGUACAUCGAUCACAUAAUAGAAUAUCGAUUUCAUUUGAUUUUAAUCAAGAUCUUUCACAAGCUUUCUACCUCUUUACAUCAUCAAAUAGUCUUUCGCUUGAACAGCUUGGACUUGCGUGUUAUUUUCUGUUUCUACACAAAAUAACGAAUGGACAAACUGACUUAUGUAUCGGAAUGAACAUUGAUGGUAGAUAUAAACAUGAAUUGAAAUCAAUCAUUGGAAUGUUUGUUAAUACAAUUCCACUUCGUUGUCAAUUUCAUUCAAAUACAUCUUUCUCACAAUUAUCUUCAUCAGUCAGCGAAAUGAUGAUCAACAGUAUGAAAUAUUCUUAUUUCCCUCUUCAAUACAUUCUUAAUCAACAUCCAACUGUUUCACAUGCUGCUUUUCUUGAUAUUUCAUUCCAGUAUCUUUCAUUGAUGAACAAUGAUACUGAGAAUAAUAUAAUUCUCAUUGGUAAUAGUCAACUAUCUUCUUUGCCUGAUUCAAUACAAAUGAACGAGAACGACAUGAUCAACCAAUUGGAUUUUCUUCUAAGUAUUCGACAUGAUCUCGAUCGAAAUCAGCUCUCAUGUGAAAUUCAUGCAUCAGUUGAUUUAUUUCAUUCGGAAACAAUCAUAACAUUGACACAACGAUUUCACACAAUGUUAUGCCAAUUGUUUUCUCUCAAACAAACUUCACAUCGAAUGGAUCGAUCAAUUGACGAGUUAUCAUUGAGGUUAGAAGACGAACGAUUACUUAUUCAAUCGAUGAAUAAUACACAAACAUCCUAUUCUUGUUCAACUUGUAUUCAUCAUGAAUUUGUUUGUCGAGUGAUGGCACAUCCGCAGAAAUUAUCUGUGGAACUUGAUGAUCAAUGUUUGACCUACUGUGAAUUGUUAUAUUAUGUUCAAUUGUUGUCUAUUCGUCUUCUCAAUGAAUAUCAUGUCAAUCCAGGUGAUGUUGUAUGUCAAUGUGUAGAGAGAAGUAUAUCAAUGUUUGUUGGUAUGUUAUCUAUCAUCAUGAUUGGAGGAUCAUAUUGUCCAUUGUCACCUCGUGAUCCUCGAAAUCGACUUCAACACCUACUUCAACAAACUCAAAGUGAUUGUGUUCUAGUUGAUUCAACAACAGAAAAUAAAUUUGAAGGAAACAAUAUUACUUUACUCAAUACAAGUGGAAUGAUAGGCAAACAAGAGAUAGUUAAUGAAAAUCACCUUGAUCAACUGUCAUCGAUCGAAAGCAAAAGUGACACCAUCGCUUUUGUUAUUUUUACUAGUGGAUCAACAGGAACGCCAAAAGCGGUAAUUUGUCUUUGCCCCAGUUAUCUUCAUAUUUUAUUUGAAUCUUUUUUUAUUUCAAAAGGUGCAAAUAACGCAUCAUAA